AAAAAAAAAGAAGUAAUUUUUUAAAGAAGUAUAUAAAUAUUAAUAUAUUAUAAUUUCAUGUUUGUAUCGCAAUAAUUGAUAUGCUUAUUUUACAAACAAUUGUAAAAAGAUUUUAAUACAAGGUGUCUAUAAAGUUUGUCCCCGUAUUUAAAAAACAAUUUAAAAUAAUGAAAACCGCCAAAUUUGUGUUCAAUUAUUGGAGGAGUAGAAUAGCCCUUCGAAAUAAUCAGGAACAUAUUUCGCAAUUUUUUAUAAUUUUAAACUGUUUUCGAAAUUAGAGGAUAUUGUUCGAUUUUAGAGAUACCUCUACAUUAUAUGUAUACAUAUAAAUAAUAUUUUAAAUUUUACAAUUAAUUUUAAAUCAAAUGUCUAUUAAAACAUACGUACUGCAUAGUUAAAUUUACAAAGAAAUUAUUUUAAUCUUUAGAAUCUUUCAGUAGCCACUAUAGUGACCAUCAAUAAAUAACUGAUUAAUAUAUAAAAUUUUAGAAAGGAGUGUGAGUAAUUGAAUUUUGAACAUAUUUUUAUGUUUCAUAUAAGCUUACAUCAAGAAACAUGAAAAUAUCAAAUAGGAAAAAUUUUGAUAUUUUUCCUGUUAUUUAGUAUCAAAUAAUAAACCAUUAGUGAUGAGCAUAAGUUGAUAUCACCAUAAGGAUAAAAUUUUGAAACUUUGAUGUCACAAUCGCAAUCAACGAUUUCAAAAAUUCUCAAAACAAAAAUUACAGUUUGGAAAAAAAUUUGCAUUGAUCUUUUUUGUCCCGGCCUGAUCACUGUAGUAGCCAGAGUUGAAUUGGUGACUUAGCUUGACAUACAGAUUAUUUACAAUAUUUACAUAUAUGAAUCAGACAUAAAAAAUAUCACUUUCGAAAACUCUACAAGUUAAAAUGCAUAUAAAUGAACUAUAAAGAAAGCAGAAAUUAUAUAAGAUAUACUAGAUAUUAUGCAUAUUGUAGUUAAUGUAAAUACUUUCAAAUUUGAAUAUAUAAUUGCACUAUACCGUUUACUUGAUGCAAGGCACGAAAUGCAUUCUACAAAGCAUCGAAAGAAACUGUAACUUUUCUCUUGCCAAGAAAAAAGUCAUAAUUGCGUUUACACAAAAAUAUUUUUAUCUUACAUGUUAAAGAAAUAUUUUUUAUUACAAAUUGAGGUAAUUCAAACUAAUUCACUUUAUAACAUAAAUUCAUUGUUAGGAAAAUAUAACCACUUUUUGUGAUUGCUCACGUUGCGCGAUAAUAUCGAUCGUUUAGGAUUCUCAGAAGUUUUCAUAGGGAAUAAUAUAACAAUCUAAAGUUCGUUCUAUACAGUUGUGUCGUAAUUGUCGUAUAAAAUGCAUGCGAUAGAACGGUAUUACAAAAUCAAUCGAAUACUUCUUAAAACGGUUGGCUUGUGGCCCUAUGAUCAGUCAUAUGUCUUGCAACUACAGAAAGUAUUGUUUAUCAGUAUUCCUGUAACAUUUAUUUUUGUUCAGUUGCUGGCAUUCAUUACAAAGCAAUACAAUACGAAUCUUUUCCUUCAAAUUCUUUCAUUUAUCUUUCCUGUUCUUAUUAAUAUAAUAAAGUAUUGCCUUUUUAUCAUUCAAGCAGACAAUUUAAAGCAACUACUGGAGCAAAUUCAAGCUGAUUGGAAUUCGUUGAGGGAUAAGUUGGAAAUUAAUAUUAUAGAAAAAUAUGCUUGCAACGCAAGGCUAUUUACAAUAGUUUUAAUAGUGUAUUGCCAUUUUGGUAUAUUGUUUUGCGGAAUAUUUCAACUUCUACCAAUGAUUCUUGACAUUAUCGUACCGUUAAACGAAUCACGGCCCUAUCAGCUUUUUGUAGUCACGGAAUACUUUCUCAAUGAAGAAAAGUAUUUUUAUAUUACGCUGUUACAUGAGGCAUUAGCUUAUACUAUAGGAACUACCACAUUAUGUGCUACAGGUGCAAUGAUUAUGAUAUGUAUCCUACACGCAUGUGCAUUAUUUGAAAUCGCAAGUUACCGAAUAGAAAAUGCAAUCCAGAAGAGUACAUUAAUGAUGCCUAGUUCUAGAAGAGAGUAUUUCCUUUACCGAAAGAUUGUAUAUGCGGUUGUUAUGCAUCAGCGAGCCACCAAAUUCAUUGAACUUUUCACAUCCAGUUUUGCGCCAUUAUUCUGUAUUCUAAUCAUACUUGGCGUCAGUUCUUUAAGUUUCAAUCUCUUUCAAUUUCUUCAGUUAAUAACACUAACAAAAAAUAUCUGCCAGACAUCUGUAGUUGCUAUAUUCAUACUCCUACAUUUGAAUUAUAUGUUUGUUGCUAAUUAUGGCGGACAAGAAUUAUUAAAUCAUGGUCUAAAGAUGUUUAAAGCAACUUAUAACGGGCUAUGGUAUGCAGCUCCGUUACGUACUCAAAAACUGUUAUUAUUUAUAAUGCAAAAGGGAACAACAAAUAUUGGUUUAACCUUUGGUGGCAUAUAUGUUGCAUCCUUAGAAGGUUUCGCUACGCUCAUAUCAUCUGAAAGGCAAUACAAACAAGCGUACACAUGGAUGAAAUAAGUUACAGAAGAGUUACACUAAAAAAAUAUAAAUCAAUAAUAUAACUUACAAAUCAAAAGUGUGAUCAAGUUUGUGUGGUAAAAUAUAAUUGAUUGGAUACAUCGAUUUAUCCUGUAUGUAGGUAUGUACUUAUAUAGCUAUGAUAUAAAAGACUUCAUUACUCGAAUGAUCGCUAUAUCUAAUCCGUAACCGCUUUCUCUCCUCUAUUAUUAAUUUAAUUUCGUUUUAAUAAUAUAAAUAUUAACAUAUUUGAAAAGACAUUUUUACAUUUUAAAUAAUCAUUUUAUUUAAAAAAUAAAAUUAAAGAACCAUACAUUUUUCAAUUUGCAAUACAUUUUUUUUUAAGAUUAUUGUAACAAAUAAUAUUAUAUUAUUAAAAUUUGGAAUUAUAGUUACCCGUUUUAUUUACAUAUAUUAUACCUUACAACAGCUAUGAUGAAUUUCAGAAAUCGUAAUAUAAGAAUGUGUGUGAGUACAAUUGUAACAUAGUAAUAACAAAACUUAUUGUUAGCAUUACACAAUUUAAUCAAUGUCUUUUAUUAUCUGCAAUUUUUGUAUUUUUCUUCUGAUUAGAUACUGCAAUACUUGAUUUCUAAUAAUAACAUUAAAAUUUAUAUAAUAUACUUUUCAGUCGAAAUAUUACAAGAUAUUAUUCUUUAUUAACUUAACUGACGGAUAUACAGAUAUAUGAACCACAGCAGAGACAAACUUUAUUCUGUUGCACAUGCACUUUAAAAAAGACAAGAAAUACAAAAAUACGCUCCACGCAUAGAGUAUUAUGACAAUUUACUUUUUAUUAUUCAUAUUUUUUAAUGGGAUAUAUUAUAUGUAUAAUGGGAUAUAAGUAAGUAUUAUAGUUUCCUUCUUUCAAAUAAAUGAGUCGUGCAUCUUCUUUAUUUUGUUAUUAUCUUAUCUUCCUUUUUACUCACAUAUGUAAACGUUUUAUAAAUUACUAAUUUCUAACUUUUGCUGUAAUAGACAAGUAUUAUAGAAAAGUCAAAAAAGAAAUAACUUCUCACACGAACCACAUAAGAAGAAAAAAUUGUUUAGAAAUGAUAUAUAUGCUCACACAGUAAUUUGAACUGUCGUUUGAAAUGGAGUUGUAUAAACAGCAAUAUAAUGCAACGAAUUGUAUGCUUUUAUCAGCGAUUGGUUUAUGGCCGUAUGAUAAUUUCAAAAUCAGACUCGUUCGUUUCGCACUAACACUCUUUAUAAUUAUGUCAUUUCUCAGUGCUCAGGUAUUACCAUAUAAUUAAUAUUUGUAAUAUAUUUGUAAUUUUAUGAUACAGUUAUACAUACACACAUACGCGCGCGCGCACUGACAUACACACACAAUAUUUUAUUAAAUAGCAAUAAAUUAACACAAAAUACUACUUACUACACAAAUUUAUUUUAUCUUUUAUUCUUUAGUACUUUAGCGAUCGUAUUUUCUAUUACAUGUUAUAAUACUAAAAAUUGUUGAAAUUUUAUUAUUUAUUAUAAUUAUUUUAGUGGAUAAAAUUAUACACCUCAGAAUACAGUUCCGACCUUCUUUUAAAGAUAUUAUCUUAUAAUAUUCCUGCGACAAUAUGUUUGAUAAAAUAUAUUUCAUUUUAUGCUGUUUUCGAAAAUGUAAGUUUAAGAACAUUUAAUUAAAAAUAAACUACCAUCACUAAAAUAAUAAUCAUUAUAUUUAUUAGUAGAUUAAAAAAUUUGGACAACUUAUUCGAAAUAAUUGGGAUGCUUUGAAAGAUAAUCGGGAAAUCGAGAUUAUACGUAAACAGGAAAAUUACGGAAAAUUAUUUACAUUAUAUAUAACAAGUAAAUGUUAUAUAAAUAUUUAAUUAUUAAAUUUUAUAGAAGUAAUUGUUUAUAAUGAGUAUUGCUAAAUUAUUGAAUAAAUGCUAAAUAUUUGAUAAAAAGAAUUGAAUAAUCUAAAUACGCACAAGACAAACAUUCUUGUCGUAUUACAUCGAUUGUACCAUAAAAAUUAAUUUUAUACAAAAACUUAACAUUAACCUAAGAAUUGAUAUGCAAAAAAUAAUUUUGAUUAUUCGAUAAAAUGUUCUAAUCGAUUAUUUCAUUACAAGAACUUAAGAAAAUGCUAAAGUUGUCCUGUUUUAGCAAUCAGGAUAAUUAAUUCUAAUUCAUUAAUCUUUUAACUGCCUUUACAAAAUUAAAAAUUCGCUGCCAAAAAUUUUACAACUUUUUUUCUUUUUUUUAUGUAAAGACGUGUUACUGUCUAUAAUUUAAUAAUAGAAAAGGAUUUUUAAUUACAAUAUGUAAAGGCAAUUAAAGGAUUAAUAAAUUGGAAUUAAUAACAUUGAUCGAUAAAAUACGACAACUUUGACAUUUUUUCUAGCAAAAACAACAUAAAA